CAGGAGUGCGGAAGGCCCGGCAUGGGGGCGCUCGCUCGGGUCCCCCCGCGGCUCUGGCGCCUGCUGCUCCCGGCCGGCCUCUUCCUCUCGCUGCUCUACUUCUCCAGCCGGCACCUCCAUCUCCCGCUCUCCACGUGCCUCUGGGGCAGCCGUCCCUGCCACUGGUCUGCGGAGAGGCUGGCCAGCACGGAGGAUCCGGAGGAGCCCACUCCUGCAUGUGCCCUCGCAAAGACCCCCGAGGCAUCCCUCCAGCCGGUCCCCAGCCCACAGGCCUGGGGCCAGGAGUUCCGCAUCGAGCGCCUGCUGAACGCUUUCUCCGCCAGCAUCACGCCCAGCGGGCAAAUCCUCCUCCGGGAGUACCUCCGCGGCUGGGGAGAGCUGAUCAGGUUCAUGGACUCCCUGGGCGCAGCCUUCGGCCCCAUCGCCCAGGAGACCCGCUCCAAGGUGGCCACCAUGCAGCUGCACCUCGGCGGGCGGCACGGCGCCCACUACCGCACCGUGCAGGCCAUGGCGGCCUUCGAGCUGGCCCGGGGGCUGGUGGGCUUCCGCUCGCUGCCGCCCACCCAGCCGCCCUCGGGCUGCCGGACGCUGCUGCGCCUGCACCGCGCCCUGAAGUGGCUGGAGCGCUUCCUGCACCGGCUGGGCAGCAGCGAGGCGGGCGGGCCGCCGCCGUCGCAGCUGUGCGCCGAGGCCUACCGCGAGGCGCUGGCCCCGCACCACAGCUGGUGGGUGCGGCGGGUGGCGGCGCUGGCCUUCCUGGCCAUGCCCCCCCGCCGGGAGCUCCUCCGCGUCCUCACGGCCCGGGAGGAGGAGCGCGAGGCGCGCGCCGCGCUCCGGGCCGCCGUCCGCAGCAUCGCCCGCGUGCACGCCGCCACGCAGGCCGAGUUCGCCGCGCACCGGAUGCUGGAGCUGCCCUGA